AAAUUUUUAUUUACAAACAUUCGAAAACCAAAAAUUAUAUCAACAUUAUUGUUUUUUUUUUUUCUGUAAGCUAAUAUUGCAAGUUAACUUCAAAAUGUUAGAUUGUUGCGGAAAUGAUUGGACAACCUACAAGUUUGACUAUAGAAUCAGAAAGUCAAAUAGUGUUCCUAAUAGAGCCACAAAAAUUGAGCAAUCUGAUGAACCACUUAUAAGCAAUUAUUAUUGGUUUCCCUUACAGGCAAAUGGGAUCCAAGCCAAGAGCAAAGUAUGGCCUAAAGCUACAAUUGGCAUGGAAGAAUAUAGGGAUUUUGUAAAACGUUUGGAGAAAUGCAAAAAAGAAUUGUAUAAAAUGUUUUUUCGAUGUCCCGAUGUGGACACUAAAUUGAUGGAACAAAUGCUAAGGGAUUUAGAAAAGAGUACCUACAUGGUAACAUAUUCACCAAAUUGUUUUCAUUCUCAAAAGGAAUCCCAACGGUUUUUAAGAACGGCACACCUAAAAAGCAACAUGAAAUAUUACGAGACCACAUACGGUACAUACUACAAUCGCGUAAAAGAGCUAGAACGAUUCAAGGAUGUUCUGUAUGGUAUGAUUGUGAAACACGAAAGAGAAAAAUUUCAUGACGAACUAAAUAAAUUGUAUAUAACGGGAAUAACUACUUAUCAAGUUAGCUACGAUAUUCCUGCAAUGGAACAAGCAAAAAAGAAAAAAACCAGGGACGCGCCAAUCGAUAGAUAUACUUUACGUAGGGUAUAACCGAAGUGUGUACAUAAUAUUCUUGAGUGUAUGUUACAUUACGCUUGUAUAAAAUUGUAUACUUACGUUUCUU